UUUUUUUUUAUAAUUUUUUCUCACUUUUUUUUUUUUUUUCUUUUUUUUUUUUUUUUUUUUUUUUUCAAGGGACAUGAUUCCCCUAUAAAUAUCUUGGUUUUUUCCCUUUUUUCUUUUUCUUCUUUUUCGCUCUUUUUCACUUAUUUCUGCAUCCUUUUAAGUCUAUAUAAUAACAGUCCAUUUCAAAUGUACAGCGUAUCAAGAGUCUUUGGAGACUCAAAGUGGACACGCGCAAUCUUUUUAACGAUAUUAACACAGUCUGUGCUUGCGAUUAUUUUUGAAGCUAUUAUUUUUUCCUGUCAUGCUAAUGAGAUCAACAUUAUAAACCAAGAAAGAUUGAACCAAAAGGCGUUUGGACAGAGUCUUGUCACAGCCUAUGCAAACGCACGGUCACUCUUGGUUUAUUUCGUUCUGUUUAUUAUUGCCCAAAUCUUUACCGUCAUCCUUGUCCUAGACGCUAUAUUUCAAAAAAAUACAAUUCAAUUGAUUGCGCUGGUCGCAUUUGAAUUGGGUAUGAGUGCAUAUACAAUUAUUCAAUAUCAUCAGUCAUCCACUCUCUUUUCAAACACACAAGAUCCCAGUGUUGUACUCGUAUUGGCUUUCCUAGGAGACGCCUAUCAUGCUUCUCGCUGGGCAGAAAUCACUCAAAUAUGUGUCAUGCUCGCUUCCUCCAUCCUCUUUAUCUUUUUAGCUUACAAACUCUAUCUCGAAUUUGGUUGGCAAAUCUAUAAAAAGAUUGGUGCCGAUCUAGCUAUGCGAGAUCGCUAUAAAAUGUAUCAGAUCUUCAUGAUGUUGCUCAAAUUUGACUUCUUCUUUUUUCUCAGCUUUUCCAUCCAAUACCUCGUUUUGCUGAUCGUUGCCUGGUUACCAGAAGCAGAAGAUGGCGUGGCUAAAUCCAACAUCAUCAAGGAGUUAAUCGAGCAUAUCGUCUUGAGUUGUUUAGUCUCUAUUGCCAUGUUGGCAUUGGCCUAUUGGGGUCUGCGCAGAGAAAGGAAAUUACACAUGUAUUUCUUUAUCGGACUUUCCAUGGCCAGUAUGGCCUAUUUCAUUUACAUGUUGGCCACCAUAUCUCAAAACCCAGAUCGUUUCAUUGGUUCCAAAGUAUUUCUGACGUUUUUUCUGUGCGUUGCCAUGGUGCUUGUUUUGGCAUCUGUUCCAGCCGCGGUAAUAUGUCUACGUAACUUUGAUCAUGGACUCAUCAAUCAUAUAUCGCAUACAACAUCCAUUACUUCCUCGUCUCACCCAAUGCAUCCUACAGGUGGUAUUACUGGCAUGGAAAAAGCACAGCUUGGUCCAGAACGGUGGUCCAUCGAAUAAGGAGAGUGUGUUAGUAUAGGGCAAAAAAAAAAGAGAUCAUCUUUCUUCUAUCGUCCCCCCUUUCUUUUCUUUUCUCUCUCUCUCUCUCUCUCUCUCUCUCUCUUGCAUUGUAAUUUAUAAAAGAAAUAAAAAUAUAAUGGUUUAUUAAUCGGGGAGGGAUGAGAAUUACAAAAAUAAUAAUAAUAGUUAGAGUCGUUUUCCAGCAACAAGACAAAAAAAUAGCAUGAAUAAAAAGGAGAUAAAAAGAAUGACACCUAGUACAUGAAGUGAUCGUUUUCGUAAUAUUUUUUUCACUUUGGGCUGUAUGAUGUGUGUGAAAUGAAAGGGCACCGUUUCACUAAUAUUGGAUAUGUGUUAAAAUACAGUCAUGAAUGAGUCGAGAGAGAGAGUUUUAAAUUACCUUAGGUUAAAUGCAAGCACCCAAAUG